AUCAUUUUAUCUUGAUGAUACUUCACUUCGUUCACAACUUCAUUCAUCAUUUGUCAUUUAUCUUCAACAGGGUCAUUUGUGUAUGGGACAGUAUACACUAUAAUUUUCGUAAUUUUUUGGCAUUUUCUUUAUUAUUACCUAAAUAAUAAUCCGUAAAAUAAGAUGUCUGGUAUCGCUGGAGCUCGUUUGACUGAAGAAAGGAAAGCUUGGAGAAAAGAGCACCCAUUUGGAUUCGUUGCAAGGCCCAGUAAAAACGCCGAUGGUGCUCUCAAUUUGAUGAACUGGGCGUGCUGCAUUCCUGGUAAAAAGGGCACUCCAUGGGAAGGUGGACACUACAAACUGCGAAUGAUCUUCAAAGAUGAUUACCCCAGCAGUCCACCCAAAUGCAAAUUUGAGCCACCACUGUUCCAUCCGAAUGUUUACCCUUCAGGCACUGUUUGCCUAUCCUUGCUGGAUGAGGAAAAAGACUGGAGACCAGCAAUCACAAUCAAACAAAUCUUGUUGGGCAUUCAAGAUUUACUAAAUGAACCUAAUGUAAAGGACCCAGCUCAAGCAGAGGCCUACACAAUUUAUUGUCAAAAUCGUUUGGAAUAUGAGAAAAGGGUCAGAGCACAAGCAAGGGUGAUGGCACAACAAGAAAUGGAAUAAGUUCAGUACCUCUAAAAUAUGUUUUUCUUAAUUUAAUCUGUAUUAUAAUAAAAGUAGUUUUAACAUAACAAAACGAUACAAUUGUUAACUUCUAGGAUACGUUUAUAAUAUUUUUUAAAUAAAUAAAUAUACUUUUUUUAUAAA